AUGGGUAGUUCGAUUUCAAGCAACCAUCGUCAAGAUGAUCUUCAAUCAAUGCAACGUCGAAUUCAUGAGAAAAAAACAAGUAUUCUUGAUUCAACUCAGCGUAUGCUUGGUUUAAUUAAAGAAUCUGAAGCCGUCGGAGUAAACACUGCUGCUAUACUACUUGAACAACGAGAAAAUUUAGAAAAUAGUGAAAAAAGUUGUCAUUAUAUCGAUGUUAAUCUUGUUAAUGCACAAAAAUUAAUAAAUAAAUUAAGUUCACUAUUUGGUGGAAUUAAAAAUUAUUUUUAUCCACCGAAAAGUUCCUUUCCAAAACCAAUUUCGCGACCACAAUUAACUAAUGUAGCUAAAAAGAAAAUAUCUACACCACAACAAACUACAGCAAUAGCUAUAACAAUACGACCAACAAAUAUAAACAGUGAUACUGAUACUUAUUUUGGAAAACCACGUAGUGCUAUGGAUGAUCUUGAACGUGAAACUGAAGAUGGACUUCAUAAUGUACAUCAAGGUGUUAACCGUCUUACAUUAAUUGCUUUACAAAUGAACGAAGAGCUCCAGAAUCAAGAACCUUUCAUGGAUCCUCUUGGUAUGAAAAUGGAUGCACUUAAUAAUACUUUAACCAAAAAGAAUAAAAAUAUGAAAACAAUUGUGUUACGUGGUUCUUUUAGGACCUUCUGGUCAAGAAAAGGCUAA